AUGACUCGCCAACGCAUCUCAGCUGCAUGCGAUGCAUGUCGAGCGAGAAAAGUAAAAUGCCUGACACCAGAUGGUCAAUUCAAGUGCUCCACGUGUAUUGAUGUAAACAUCGACUGUACAAGGAUGCAGCCGAGGAAGAAGCGAGGCCCGAAGAAUCGAUACGUUCAAGGCCUACGAAACGAGCUUGAUGCCGACCAUGAUGCUUUGGCAACAAGUCUGGAGUCACUCGCACCAUUCGAGGUUGUGAAUCAGGUCAUCGCCGACUGGUUUGGAUGGAUCCAUCCGGUGGCUCCCAUACUUCACCAGGAUCGGUUCAUGCAACAGCUGGCGACCAGCCACCGGUCGCUUGGGAACGAACCCAAAUCCUUUCUGCUCUUGGUCGCAUCGGUAUGCGCAGCAACAGUAGCUAGCUUGCGCCGAAGACGGCAUCUCUAUCUUGACCUGACGGUGGAGUCGUGCCUAGACUUUACAGAACGCCUAGGUGUGUGGAGCCCGAGUGCUGCAAUUACCCUAGAGCGAAGCAUUGCCAUGUACAACUUCGGCACUGCACUGCACUACGAGCACGGCAUCGAUUCGCCGAUCUCACAUCGGCUCAUGUCGGAGGCAGCUAUGAGCGUCAAAUUUCUGAUCCACCAGUCAGUCGGCACCAUGUCCUUCGCGGAUUCACAGCUGCUGAAACGACUCUACUGGCUCAUUUACGCUGGCCAUUGUACAAGUGAUAUGUAUGGGCGACAAUUGCUAUUACUGCGUCAGGCGAACGACCAGACCAGCGCACUGAUGCCUCUGGAGGUGUCGGAUGCUCAAUUACUGGAUCAAGGCGAGCCGUCUUCGCCUGAUCAUAUCGGCAGCGAGCACUCAUAUGUGCCUGGUUUAAACGCGCUUUCUCGUCUUUUCAUGGUUUGGCAGUCUAGCCAAGCCACUGCAACCCAGUCGAUGGAAAAUUUGCAAGCGCACAUCGAACACGCCUACCGGAUAGCUGACAACUUUCCUCCUGAACUGAGCUGGCAAGGGGAUCAUAUCAUUGGCGACUUCGGCUUCAAUGUGCAAACAGUCAAUCUCAAGAUUACACAACUGCAUAUAAGGGCGAACCUGCUUGAGCAGAUGAACACGAUCGCGAAAGCGGACGGUCUUCUGAUCACGCCUCACGCCAUAAUUGAGGAGCGACACCGUGCGGUCAACGAACUACUCGAAAUUCUGUACCACAUGCCAACAGAGGUCUUCGAUGCAAACGGCUAUAGUAUUAUUCCUAAGAUUCGUGAUAUCGGAAGCGCGCUACUCGACGAGUUGCGGACGGGCUCGCAUGGACGCACACUACAAGCCAGCGUUAAUCUGGACAGGUUGCUGAUAAAAUUGGAGGACUUAGAUUUGCGACCUGCUGACGCUACACCCUACUUUUAA